CUAAAGGGAGGUACCUGGUUUGUGGCUGUUUGUGGUAGAGUGGAGGCCUUAACGCUUGUAGUUUGGAAAGUUAGAUCUCUGAGCUUUAAACCCUACUCAAGCAGCAUCGUAAAUUGAAAAAAAAAAAAAAAAAUCAGUGAAGCCAUGUAUUGUAAAACCGACAUUUGGAAGUAGAUCAAGCCUUAAAACAAAACCAGUCACUUAACUGAUGCCAUUUUAGGUAACAAAGGUGAAUAUCUUCAUGAACUACGCAGGAUAAGAAGAAAUGAAUGGCUAAUUUGACCAUAUUAAGAAACUGUGCUCCACAAAACCACCUGAAAGAAAGCAAAAAAAAGUUACAAAUUGAAUUGAUAUUUACAGGAAGUGCUCAUCUAAAGUUGGGAUGCUCUGUACCUGAAGGUUUAGUAAAACAUGCUGCAAAGCCAUCUGGAUGUGGUGUUUCCUUUGUGGGAAGAUAUUAAAUACAGACUAAAUUGCUUUAAUAAUUAAUGAACCAUUCAUAGAACUGCAAUUUCUUCUUGAUUCAUAUCUGUUUCAUCUCUCAGACAUCUUCAAAUAAAGAAGUGGUUGUAAACGAUCAGCAGAGUAAUGGAGAUAUGAAACAAACCCAGAAUUGUACAACAGUACCAAUCACACAGACUAUCAACUACACUCUGAGCAGACAAGGACAUUUGGAAAAAGAAGCUUGGAAUGCAUUCAGCCAUCAUAGCCCAGUUAAUGUCUCUAUGGAUGGAAUUCCUUGCAUUCUUUUCUGGGCCAAAAGAAUAACAAUAAAAUUUAAGAAUCAGACCUGGCUGGAUUUUACAGAUGAAGCUUUUGGCCAGAAGGCAGCAGUGGACACUAGCAACUCAAAUUGCAGUGAAGAAAGUGCCACUUUAUCUAUGAAGUUUGGUGAUGCUGAAAGUCCCAAAGGUCUUGAUAUAAGAUUCACCCUUACCAAUUACAAAAAGUCGUACAUCCAGAGCUGGUUUAGUUUGCACAGAGUUGAGAUUAUUUUCAAUAAUUCGAUCCAAGCAAUUUUUAAUGCCACUGGCAUAUAUGCUCCAUCGAGUUAUUCCUACCACUGCCAGCAUGUCAGCAGCCUGCAGCGUUAUGAUGCCCUCUUGUUGCCCAGCUACGUGGAUGAUACUUCAAGCCUGUGGGAGGUCACUUUUGUUGAUUUCCAGAUCCAAGGCUUUACCAUCAAGGGGAAGCAGUUUGCCAAGGCCCGAGAUUGUGCCUCUUCCUUCUCACCAGCAAUUCUGAUUGGCCUGGCCAUGUCCCUGAUCCUGCUGCUGGUGCUAGCCUACGCUCUACACAUGCUCAUCUACCUGCGAUAUCUGGAGCGGCACUAUGAUUUCAUCACCUCUCCGGCCCACUUCCCCCACUUCAAACCUCGAGAUGCCGCAGAAGAGAAGGAGCUGCUAAGGAGCCAGGGGGUCGAGUGCUAUGAACUGAGAAGCCAGCAGAUCUGCAAAGUUUAUGUGUAACAGCACAGACCCCUCUUCCUCACGAAGUCCACAAUGGCCAAUGAAAGGAGUGAUUUCUGUUGUGUCCUCUUUGACUUAUGAUAUAAAAUUUUUACCUUAUGGCUUGAUUUUAAAAAAAAGGAAAUACAUGCAAAAAAUACAUUUUGGAGCAUCCGCUGGCCUACUUGAGGCAAUGAAAAAGUUAUCCCAGGAACCCCACAGAAAUAAAUAUGAUUGUUGCCCCAAAUGUACUUUGAAAGCAAAGGGGUAUUUCAAAUUAAGACAAAAAAAAAAAAAAAAAAAAAAAAACCACGACAAAACCCAAACAACAACAACAACAACAGCAACAGUAACAAAACCCAAAACCAAUGAUGUCAUUUAGAGCAGGGAAAACAAAUUUGGUCCUCCUUGUCUGUGCCAGUUUGGAUGUGCUAAGUACAGAAAUAAUAAAAACAAAGGUUAUCUGGAA